AUGUCUAGAUGGUGGCUAUUAAUAUCCAUUAUUGUUUUUAUUUUUUCAUGGUCUUUGAUUGAUUUUUCUUCAAAUUAUUAUAAAAAAGAAAAACGUUGGUUAUUAGAUGUAGCAAUUUAUCCAGUUCCUUUUAGUCUUGUUGAAAGAAUUGUUUCCGAACUAGAUCCUUUACUAAAGAACCUAACAUUUCAAACAGAUUAUUUUAAAUAUUAUCGUCUUAAUCUUUUUGCAGCCCGGUGCCCUUUCUGGGGGACAGAUAAUGGUUUAUGUGGGAAUAAGGCAUGUAUGGUAGAUGUAUUAGAAGAUUCGUCACUUCCUGAAGCAUGGAAACCCUCAACAUUAGGGAAAAUCCGAGGUCUUACAGCAGAACAACCUUAUCGUCCAGAAAAAACAACAAAGUUACCAUUUGAAGGGGCACUUGGUAGUGAAACUUCAGAAAGAUGUGUUUAUGAAGAAUCUGAUUAUUCAGAUCGGGACUAUUGUAUUCCUGAAGAUGAAUCAGUAGAAGAAAAUAUUGUAUAUGUAUCCUUGGUCGAUAAUCCAGAAAGAUAUACAGGAUAUUCCGGAGAAAGUGCUUAUCAAGUUUGGAGAGCUAUUUAUAGAGAGAAUUGUUUUGAUGUUCCUCAUAAUUUUGUUGAUCCAAUGACGAAAAAUAUUUCAUUAUCUUCGAGUAAAUUAGAAGCAAUUAUGAUGCACAAAGAUAAUUGGGGGUCUAAAGACAAUGAUGAGAAGAGGCGAAAUGCAAUGGUUCAAGAAUCAAUUUGUCUUGAAAAAAGAGUAUUUUAUCGAAUCAUAUCGGGAAUGCAUGCAAGUAUAUCAACACACUUAUGUAAAGAAUAUCUUAACAAAACAACGGGUUUAUGGGAACCAAAUUUUCAGUGUUUUAUGGAACGGGUUGGAAAUUAUUUUGAUAGAAUUGAAAAUAUAUACUUUAAUUAUCUUCUAAUUUUGAGAGCAUUGGCAAAAUUGGAUAAAUAUUUACAAAAUUAUACAUUUUGCGAGGGAGAUGUCGAAAGUAAUAUGAUGACGAAAUAUAAACUUAACAAACUGAUUUCGAAGAUAUCUUUUAUUCCUAAAUUGUUUGAUGAGAAACUUAUGUUUGAUACAUCACAUAAUAGUUUUGCUAUUCAUUUAAAGGAUGAAUUUCGAAUGAGGUUUAGGAAUGUUAGUAAACUUAUGGAUUGCGUUAGUUGUGAUAAAUGUCGUCUAUGGGGAAAAAUUCAAAUUGCAGGAUUUGGCACUGCCUUAAAAAUUCUUUUCGAAUUUGAUGAUUUUUUAGAUCAAAAUAAAUUUUUAUUACGAAGAACAGAACUUGUUGCACUUAUUAAUACAUUUGAUCGUAUAUCCUCUUCUAUUCGUUUUAUACAGGAAUCUUCAAUAAUAUCUUUUAAUAAAAAUAAAAACUUUUACAAGCUUAAUAAUUGUCAUGGAUUUUAUUUUUUUUCAAAAAUUAAAAAAAUAAUCUUAUAUAAAUCUUCUUUUAAUUUCAAGCGUAUUAUAAAAUCAUUUAGUGUCGAAUAUAAUAAUGUUAAAGAUGUACUUAUAUAUAUUAUUAACUCUUGGUUUAGAAUUUUUAAAACUAUUUAUAUAUAUAUAAAAGGAAAAAAUAAAUAG